AUGUCCAGUAACUUCAGUUAUGAGGAGGCUGUGAAAAAAUUGAAUUUGCUUCAAUCAAACAAAUCUACUAUAGAGCAAAUAAGAAGAGAUAUAAAAUUGGGUCAAAAAUGCACGAACCUAGAGGACAUGGAAAGAUAUCUAUCCAGGACAGGGAUUUCAAUGUCAAUGCUGGAUCAGCUCUCUGUAAUUCAUGUAGCUGGCACCAAAGGCAAAGGCUCGACGAGCGCCAUGUGCGAGUCGGUGCUGCGCCAGCACGGCUACAGGACGGGCUUCUACUCCUCGCCGCACCUGGUGGCGGUGCGCGAGCGCAUCCGCCUCGGAGGGCGCGUCAUCGCCAAGGAGGGCUUCGCGCGGCACUUUCACGAGGUCUACGACCGCCUGCACGCCUCGCAGAGCUACGAAGGCGACAUGCCGAAAUACUUCGCCUUUCUUACGGUCCUGGCCUACAACGUAUUCUUGAAGGAAAAAGUAGACGUGGCCAUAGUCGAAGUGGGAAUUGGUGGUGUGGUUGACUAUACCAAUGUUCUCAGGCGGGUGCCAGUUGUCGGCAUAACGGCGCUGGGUCUGGACCACACCUCGAUCCUGGGUGGGACCAUUCAGGAGAUAGCGGCCGCUAAGGCCGGCGUGAUGAAGCCAGGCUGCGAGGCGUACACAGUGCCCCAACCGAGCGACGCCGAAGCGGUGCUGAGGGCCACUGCCCAAUCCCUUCAGUGUCCUCUAACAGUUGUUCCAGAGUACAAAGCGUACACAUUCCAGAACGGUCUGAAACUGCAACUUCCCGUCGACGUUGAAGCUUACCGUACUAACGCAUCGCUGGCCAUACAGCUGGCGCACGCUUGGAUGCGCAAAAAUAAAUCUGGAUACGAUUGCGAGAAAACGAAUGGCACCGGUGAAAUAAAAGAGACAGAAGAUAGUACCAUAGUCACAAGACUGCCCAACGAAACCAUAAGGGGUCUGUCUGGAUGUAAAUGGCCGGGCAGGUAUCAGAUUGUCGAAACGGACUUUUCCACUUUCUACCUCGACGGCGCUCACACAGGGGAGUCGAUGGAAAUAUGCGCAAACUGGUUCCAAAACAAUAGUCGGUAUCAUAAAAGAAGCUUAAUAUUUAGUGCCACUGGAGACAGAGAUGCUGAGGUUCUGCUAAAACCAUUAGUAUAUCUAGAAUUUUCGACUGUGUACUUUGUGAUUCCAAAGGCGAUUAAAGAACUGACACAGAAAAAUGACAAUUAUUCGAUUAUGGAACAUAGAGACUUGAUCGCUAGAUGUCAUAAAAAUGCAGAUACGUGGCAUAGACUUCAGAACAUCUACAGAGGCUGUAACGUAAUGGUAUUCGAGUGUGUCAUGGAUGCUUUAAGUCAUAUAAAGACGACUGGAACUAAGAAUUCGGUUUUAAUAACAGGUUCUUUACAUUUAGUAGGAGCAGCGCUAUCCAUCAUUGAUCCUAAUCUAAGCAAAGAU